ACAAAAGUUUGCUUGUGGCUGACUUUAGAGAGGUCUGUUGCUCAUUUGUUGUGUUCACAUAGGCCCAUAAAAUGCUCAGUCAUCUAUCUGAGACCACCUGGAGCACUCAAAUGGAGCCAUUAAUAGGCCCUCAGGAGGGAAACGAAUGAAGAAGGUUCGCUUCCGCAAUACUGCGUGACGUCACCAGCAAGUUCCCGUAUGUACAAGCUCUUCCUGCGUUCACACGGGAACAUGGCGGCCUCCAGUCUCAACGCGGUUCGAGUUAGGCUGUAUUUUGAUUACCCUCCUCCUUCCAUGCCCGACUGCCGCAUGAGCUGGGUGCUGGUGGACUUGAAUAAAUGCCGUGUUGUUGCAGAUUUGUGCAGCGUGAUUAGACAAAAGUUCGACUACAGCCGCAAAACGAUGUUAGACUUGUUCAUUGAGAAUUGUUUCCUUCCUCCUGCUGAGAGCAUCUAUGUGGUUCGUGAUAAUGACAGCAUAAGGGUGAAGGUGUCCAGUGUUUAUAGUGAGUGCGUAGGGAAAAAAAGAUGCAGAGAGGAAGAAGGCUCAUUUCAAGCACCGGCGAAGAAGAACAGACACGACCCGAGCGAGGAGAACGGUGUCGCCCAAGCAGCAGGCGCAACAAAGAAAAAGAAAAAACACAAAGCGAAGAAGAAGAAGAGGGACGAGAAGCAGUUGGAGUCUGGAGAUGCCUUUAAAGCAGCCUUCCCUGAUAAAGAGCCUUCAUCCUCAAAGGCACAGACUGAGAAGAGCAGCAAGAAAGCUUCAGCAUCUUCUGUCCUUACUAACGGAAAAGCGAUUUCAUCAGGUCCGCAUAAUAAAAGCUCAGACUCUUCAGACAGCAGUGAGGAGGUCACUCAAAAACCUUCUCCACCCAAAUCCAAGUCCCAACACGCACAGGUUGCAGCAUCCAAACGGCAUGCGGUGAGAAAAACCUCUUCCUCAGAUUCAUCCUCGUCAGAAGACGAAAAAGUCCCUGUGAAAAAACCUCCAAAACCAUGUACAAGCUUGAAAACCUGUACCAGUACUAAGACAUCCAAAGAGCAGACGUCUUCUGUUGCACCCAAAUCCACUACAAACUCGACAGCGGCCAAGAAAACACAAAAAGAGUCUUCUUCAGAUUCGUCCUCGUCAGAUGAUGAAGCUUCAGCAGCAGCCAGAAAAGCAAACGUCCCUGCAAAGUCCACAACCACUGCCUCGAAACCUCAACCCCAAACUACGGCAGCAUCAUCCUCAGAAGAUGAUGAUUCCAGAAAAGGGGGUUCUAAAACAGCGUCCUUACUCCAAACAGGGCCACCUUUGUCCAGUCGUCAAGGUGAAGCCAGCAAAAACCCCACGUCCAAAAAACCUUCCGCAAACUCUAAAACGUCCAAAACACAAACAACUUCUUCAGAUUCCUCCUCGUCCUCUGAAGACGAAGCCUGCAAAGCAAACGUCCCUACAACACCCAAACCCUUUAAAACGGCACAAGCACAGACGCAGCCGUGCUCAGACCCGUGUGCUGUGGUGGAGAACGGCGUGAUUUGGACUCCGUCCACUCCGGUAGGAACGAUGGUCCAAGACAAUGAGAACAAAGCGGAGAGCUCUGACUCGUGCAGCAGUGACACGGAGCUGGUGAUAAAGAGGCCGAAUCCUCUGCUUGUGGCUGGUUUGACCCCUCGGGGAAGGGGCCGGGGGUUCCCGGACAGGGUCAAAGGUCGAGGAGGGGUCAGGGGUGGCUUUGGCAGGGCCAGAGGAACGCCUUGGAAGCAGAACUUUCAUUAUAACUAUGACAAUGAAGUGCAGAGGAAGCAGAAAGAGAUCCAGACUAAUAAAAGCUUGGUGCUGCAGAAUCCUCCAGAGCCAAGCCCCAAGCGGGAUUACAGCACUCUGCCUCUCCUCGCUGCUCCUCCUGCAGUGGGACAGAAAAUUGUUUUUAAGCUUUUAGAGCUCACUGAGAACUACACCCCAGAAGUGUCGGAUUAUAAAGAAGGGAAGAUCAUUGGUUUUAAUCACAGCACUAACAUGAUUGAACUGGAGCUUCUGAUGCAGAGUCAAGCCCGAACUGAACCUGGGAAGUUUGAUCUGGUGUAUCAGAACCCAGACGGCACUGAAAGAGUGGAGUACGCGGUCACUCUCGGUUCUCAGCUGACUGAGCGUUGGGAGUCGCUGCUCGAGCCCAGGCUAAUUGUGCAGAACACAGACUGAGAAAAACUUGAAUUGACAUCCAGAUUUAGUUCUUAAAAGGCACUUUUGUAUUAAUGUCUUUUUAAGUGAAUGUGAACAUUAACUGAAUAAAUGUGUUUUUUAUAUAUAUAUGUAUGCACAAACUGGUGUUUCUUA